UUUAAAUUAAUCGUUAAUGGACACAACUCAAUUAAAGACUAAAGUGAUCUAUGAGUUCACUAAGAAGAAUAAAUAGUUGUUGGAUGAAUGGUCUGAAAAAACAGCUUAGGCAUACCUGGAGUAAUGCAGAAAAUUUACAGAGGAGAUGUAUUAAGGAAACUUGACCAUGGUGGAUGAUGGGUACAAUUAGACUCAGGAAGAACUCUUGAUCUUGGAAAACUUGUUUAAAAGUACCCUUAUUCAAGUGAAUUAUAGAUUACACAAAAACAAAAGGAGACAUUCAACAUAAGCUUCGUAUUGGAUAUUCGAUAGCAAGAAAACUUUACAUGGAGAAUCUUCAAUAGAGAGUGUUCAAGAUAUUCAGAGAAUAAGUGAAAUUUUAAAAAUACAUUAGAAGUAUGAAGGUUUAUGCAACAAAACAUUAUAAGUACAAUUUAAUAUGAAAAAAUAGAUAGCGACUUCCAAGAUAAGUGUUCACGAAGUGGAGGAAAUUAGCUCACAAUUAAACCAGACAAGUCAUUUUACAAUAGGUGAAUAGGAAAACUGAUAAUGAAAUAAUGCAAAUGCAAAAGGAAUACGAGUAAUUGAUAGGGUAGUUGGAGACUGUGUUGGAAAAGAAAUUAAUUGAAUUGAAGGUCGAGGAAGAGUAGCAUAAAGAAUUGGUUUUAAGAUAUGAUGGAAUAGUUGAAAAAAGGACUGCAGUAAAGCAUUGA